CUCUCUAAAGUCUAAACCCUCGUCUCCUCCUCGCUUUCAAGUUAACUCCCAAACAAACUCAAAAUUUUCGAAAAUCCUCAAAUUUUUUUUCUCUUAAUCUGAGCUCGUUAGGGUUUCGUAUUUUUUUCUGAAGUAAAGAAUGGCAGCGUCUUCAAAGAAAUUUCAGAAGAAAAAAUCCAAUGAAGGGAAACCGAAGUUCAAUAAAGCGUCCAAGAAACAGUUCAAAACGAAGAAGGACGGUGCCUUUAAGUCUGAGGCUGUAGCUUUGCAACUUGAAGACGAUGUCCCCGACUUCCCCAGAGGCGGGGGGAGUUCCUUGAGCAAACACGAACGUGAUGAAAUUCGAGCAGAAGUGGAUGCGGAGUUUGAGGCAGAGGAGCUGGCAUCAAAGAAGAAUAAGAGGAAGAAAUCGCAGAAGAAAAUCCAGGCUAUGCCGGAUGACUUGGGUUCCUUGUUUGGUGAUGGCAUUACUGGCAAACUACCUAGAUACGCAAAUAAAAUAACUUUGAAGAAUAUUUCUCCUGGAAUGAAGCUCUGGGGAGUUGUUGCUGAAGUAAAUGAGAAGGAUCUUGUAAUUAGUCUUCCAGGUGGCUUACGUGGUUUAGUUCGUGCUGGUGAUGCUCUUGAUCCUGUUGUCAGUAAUAAAGUUGAGAACAAUGAAGGGGAUUUCCUCAAAAAUAUAUUCUACCCUGGGCAGCUGGUUUCUUGCAUUGUGCUGCAGUUGGAUGAUGAUAAGAAGGAGACUGGCAAAAGAAAAAUAUGGCUUUCCUUGCGUCUCUCUUUGUUGCACAAAGGCUUCACCUUGGAUGCUGUUCAAGAGGGGAUGGUUCUCACUGGAUACGUUAUAAGCAUUGAAGAUCAUGGUUACAUGCUUCACUUUGGACUAUCGUCAUUCACGGGGUUUUUACGAAAAGAUGGCCAUGCUGAAAACAAGGACGUUGAAGUGAGGACUGGACAGUUUUUACAAGGGGUUAUUAAGAGCAUUGAUAAAACUCGCAAAGUUGUUAAUUUGAGUUCUGACCCAGAGACCGUGUCUAAAUGUGUAACCAAGGAUCUUAAGGGCAUCUCAAUUGAUCUUCUUAUCCCUGGCAUGUUGAUUAAUGCUUCGGUGCGGUCAACCCUUGAGAAUGGUAUCAUGUUAUCAUUUCUGACAUACUUUACUGGAACAGUUGAUAUGUGUCAUUUACAAAAUAAAUUCCCUAAUAAGAACUGGAAGGAUGACUACAAUCAAAAUAAGAAGGUUAAUGCUCGGAUAUUGUUUAUUGAUCCCUCAACUAGAGCAGUUGGCUUGACCCUGAAUCCUCAUCUUGUUCAUAACAAAGCUCCUCCAUCGCAUGUUAACAUUGGAGAUAUUUUUGAUCAGUCAAAAGUGGUCAGGGUCGAUAGAGGGUUUGGUCUUCUGCUCGAAAUCCCUUCUAAACCAGUGUCAACUCCAGCCUAUGUGAAUGUAUCUGAUGUGGCUGAAGAGGAAGUCCGCAAGCUAGAAAAAAAGUUUAAGGAAGGUUCUCAAGUUCGUGUUCGAAUUCUUGGAUUCCGACACUUGGAAGGGCUUGCCACUGGUAUUUUAAAGGCCAGUGCAUUUGAAGGGCCAGUUUUCACUCACUCAGAUGUGAAACCUGGGAUGGUGGUAAAAGCUAAAGUCAUUGCACUUGACAGCUUCGGUGCCAUUGUGCAAUUUCCUGGUGGUGUGAAGGCACUAUGUCCCACACGGCACAUGUCUGAAUUUGAAAUUGCAAAACCUGGAAAGAAGUUUAAGGUUGGAGCUGAAUUAGUCUUCCGGGUGCUCGGUUGCAAGUCUAAGAGAAUAACUGUCACUUACAAGAAAACUCUCGUGAAAUCGAAACUUGGUAUUAUUAGUUCUUAUGCUGAAGCAACUGAGGGACUAGUAACUCACGGAUGGAUAACUAAAAUUGAAAAACAUGGAUUCUUUGUCCGGUUUUACAAUGGAGUCCAAGGAUUUGCACCUAGAUCCGAACUUGGCUUAGGACCAGGAGAUGAUCCAAAUUCAAUGUUUCAUGUGGGACAAGUUGUUAAAUGCAGAGUAACUGGUUCUUCACCUGCUUCAAGGCAUAUCAAUCUUAGUUUGCAGAUAAGGCCCGUGAGGAUUUCUGAAGACGAUAUGGUCAAGUUGGGUAGCAUAGUUUCUGGGGUUGUUGAGGGUUUAACUUCCUCUGCAGUAGUUAUAAAUGUUAACUCAAAAGCUCACUUGAAGGGUAUGAUAUCUAAUGAACAUUUGGCAGAUCAUCAUGAACGUGCUGCCUUGUUGAAGUCAAUCCUGAAGCCUGGAUAUAAGUUUGAUCAACUGCUGGUUCUAGAUAUUGAGGGCAAUAAUAUUGUACUCUCUGCAAAAUUCUCUCUCAUAAGUUCGGCUGAACAACUGCCUUCUGAUAUCAGUCAGAUCCAACCUAACACAGUGGUUCAUGGCUAUGUUUGUAAUUUAAUUGAAACUGGCUGCUUUGUCCGCUUUCUUGGGCGUUUGACUGGUUUCUCACCUCGAAGCAAGGCAAUGGAUGACCAUAAAGCUGAUCUCUCUGGAGCCUUUUACAUUGGCCAAUCUGUUCGCUGUAAUACAGUCGAUGUAAAUAGUGAAACAGCAAGAAUAACACUUUCUUUGAAGCAAUCAUGUUGUUCUUCAACAGAUGCAACCUUUAUUCAAGAAUACUUUAUUUUAGAGGAGAAGAUUGCUAGGCUGCAAUCACUGGGCUCUGAUGGUUCUGAGUUGAAGUGGAUUGAAGGAUUUAAUAUUGGCAGUGUCAUUGAGGCAAAAAUUGGAGAGGCAAAGGAUAUUGGAGUAGUUGUCAGCUUUGACAAAUAUAACGAUGUUUUAGGCUUUAUCACACACUCUCAAUUAGGUGGACUUUCUUUAGAAACUGGAUCUGUUGUACAAGCUGCAGUUCUUGAUGUUGACAAGGCAGAACGCCUUGUUGAUUUAUCCUUGAAACCUGAAUUUGUUGAGAAAUCACAAGAGGGAAGCUCUAAAAGCCAAACACACAAAAAGAAGCGCAAAAGAGAAGCUUCCAAGGCCUUGGAGCUGCACCAAACAGUAAAUGCUGUUGUGGAGAUUGUGAAAGAACAUUACUUGGUUAUUGCAAUUCCUGAGUAUAAUCAUGCCAUAGGGUAUGCAUCAAUAGCAGAUUACAAUACACAGAAGCUUCCCCAGAAACAAUUUGUGAAUGGGCAGAGGGUUAUUGCAACUGUUAUGGCUCUUCCAAGUCCUGAAACAUCAGGAAGGUUGCUUUUGCUUCUUAAUUCGAUUGGUGAGGUCACUGAGACAUCCAGUUCAAAACGGGCCAAGAAGAAGUCUAGUUAUAAUGUGGGAUCAUUGGUUCCAGCAGAGGUUACUGAAAUAAUGCCCCUUGAGUUGAGAUUGAAAUUUGGAAUUGGUUUCUGUGGACGGGUUCAUAUAACAGAGGUAAAUGACAAUAAUGUUCUUGAAAAGCCAUUUGGGAACUUCAAAGUUGGGCAGACAAUCACUGCAAGGAUUGUCGGAAAGCCUAAUCAGAAGGGACACCUAUGGGAUUUGUCUAUUAAACCCGCCAUGCUUGCUGAUACUGGUGAAAUAGGUGUUAAGACUACACUGGAAGAGUUUGAUUUUUCAACUGGACAACUUGUCACUGGUUAUGUGUACAAAGUGGACAGUGAAUGGGCGUGGUUAACCAUUUCUCGUCAUGUGAAAGCACGACUAUUUAUUCUUGAUAGCGGUUGUGAACCUAAUGAACUUCAGCAAUUCCAGGAACGCUUUAAAGUUGGAAAGCCUGUUUCUGGUCACAUUUUAAAUGUUAACAAGGACAAAAAACUGAUACGAAUAGUGCGACAUCCUCUAGGUGCCCUUUCUACUACGAAUGUUGGUGAUGAAGAUAAAAGAAAAGGUGAAUCAGAUAAUAACAUUUCAGAUGAUAGUGUGAUAGCUCAUAUACAUGAAGGAGACAUUCUAGGUGGUAGAAUUUCCAAAAUACUUCCAGGUAUAGGAGGACUGGUUGUGCAAAUUGGUCCUAAUAAUUAUGGUAGGGUUCACUUUACUGAACUGAAGGAUGCAUGGGAAUCAGACCCACUAUCUGGAUAUCAUGAGGGGCAAUUCGUUAAGUGCAAAGUCCUAGAAGUGAGCCACUCAACCAAGGGAACUAUUCACAUUGAUUUAUCCUUACGGCUAUCUUUGGAUGGCAUGAUUUCCAAGAAUCCUUUGAAACUUGCGAGUGAUGCGGAUUCUACAAGCAAGCGUGCAGAAAAAGUCGAGGAUCUUUAUCCCAAUAUGGCUGUACAGGGUUAUGUUAAAAAUGUUAUUCCAAAAGGAUGCUUCAUUAUGCUUUCAAGGAAAGUAGAUGCAAAAAUCCUCUUGUCAAAUUUAUCUAAUGGCUAUGUUAAUGACCCGAAAAAGGAAUUUCCCAUAGGAAAGCUUGUAUCUGGAAGGGUAUUAGCAGUUGAGCCUUUGUCAAAGCGAGUAGAAGUUACCUUGAAAAAUUCAGAUACUAAUGGCACUUCAAAAUCUGAAAUUAAUGAUUUUAGUAGACUGCACGUUGGAGAUAUAGUUUCAGGCAGGAUCAGGCGUGUGGAGUCAUAUGGUUUGUUUAUCACACUUGACCACACAAACAUGGUUGGACUUUGCCAUUUCUCCGAGCUUUCAGAUGAUCAUAUUGAGAACAUCCAAACUAACUAUGCUGCAGGGGAGAAGGUUAAAGCAAAGAUAUUAAAGUUGGACGAGGAAAGACACCGGAUUUCCCUUGGCAUGAAAAAUUCAUAUUUUACCGAUGAUAUUGACUUCCAAAUAACUGAACAAGAAGAGUCUGAUGAAGACAUUGAAGAGACUGGUGUAGCAGAUGAUGAUGCAGAUGAUGAGGCACGGUCAAUACUGUUGACAGACAGCACUGGGAUGGAUAUCGAGUACAGAAGUGGAGUGAGCGAUGUUCUUGCUCAAGCAGAAUCUAGAGCUUCAAUUCCUCCACUUGAUGUCACUCUUGAUGACAUUGAACACUCUGACAUGGAAAAUUUUAUUAGUGAAAAUCAAGAAAAUAAUGAGGUGACUGCCAUUGAUGAGAAGAGCAAGAGACAGGCAAAAAAGAAAGCAAAGGAAGAGAGGGAGAGUGAAAUUAGAGCUGCUGAGGAAAGACAAUUGGAGAAGGAUGUACCAAGAACUACUGAUGAAUUCGAGAAACUUGUUAGGAGCUCUCCUAAUAGUAGUUUUGUGUGGAUUAAAUACAUGGCUUUCAUGCUUAAUUCAGCUAAUAUCGAGAAAGCUCGUGCUAUUGCUGAAAGGGCUUUGAGAACCAUUAACAUUCGAGAAGAAACGGAGAAGCUAAAUAUCUGGGUGGCUUACUUUAAUUUGGAGAAUCAGUAUGGGAAUCCUCCAGAGGAAGCUGUGCAAAAAGUAUUUCAAAGGGCAUUGCAGUAUUGUGAUCCCAAAAAGGUACAUUUUGCACUUUUGGGCAUGUAUGAGAGGACAGAGCAACAUAAAUUGGCCGAAGAGCUACUUGACAAAAUGAGCAAGAAGUUUAAGCACUCGUGCAAGGUUUGGUUGAGACGGGUGCAGGUGCUGUUGACGCAACAGCAGGAUGGGGUUCAACCUGUUGUAAACCGUGCUUUACUCUGCCUUCCACGCCAUAAGCACGUUAAGUUUAUUUCACAGGCGGCUAUACUUGAGUUCAAAUCUGGGGUUCCUGAUAGAGGGAGAUCUAUGUUUGAGGGAGUUUUACGGGAGUACCCAAAGAGAACGGAUUUGUGGAGCAUUUAUCUUGAUCAAGAAAUUCGACUUGGAGAUGAAGAUGUGAUUCGUGCUCUGUUUGAGAGGGCAAUUAGUUUGAGCUUACCACCCAAAAAGAUGAAGUUUUUAUUCAAAAAGUAUCUCGAUUAUGAAAAGUCCCGUGGUGAUGAGGAAAGAAUUGAAUCUGUCAAACGGAAGGCAAUGGAUUACGUAGAAAGUACUCUAACUUGAAGUUAUUGAGAUUUGAGACACAUAUCUGAUCAGUUGAUCUGGAAUAUGCGAGUACAUUGGCGUAGUCGUCAAGAUAACAUUAAAUUUGCAUUAAAAUAGCCCUCGUAUAGAGGAAGAAAUUAGAUCCAUAGUUUCUUCUAAUUUUUUAUUUGAAUAGUCUCUUUUAAAACCCUAAAUAGUAAAUUAUGAGCUGAUAGAUGGGGGAAAUGCCCUUCUGUAUUUAGUAUCUUGACUGUGGCAUCGCCACCAACAUUGUUUUUGAUGUAAAAUGCUACCGAUUGAGGGACAAUAACAUCUUUCUUGGACUGAA